AUGUCUAAUGCGACAUUGCACCUUCCCAAUCGGACUCGCGUCAGGACCGAAUCAGAGCCAUCGUUGGCGUGUGUACGCAAACGACCUCGUAGUGGAAGCCAUGAAACCAUCUUGAAUCCUAAGCGAGAGCGGCUCGACACUUUCGAACAUGCUCCCUUGGACUUGGAUGCAAGCUCAAUACGUCUCGUCCAAGUCCUAUCUUCUGAUCCCAAAGACGACCUAAUACGAUGCCACGUCCGCCAUGCGACGAUUGAUGCUAACUAUAUCUGUCUGUCAUAUGUAUGGGGACCAGCGGAUGACUAUCACACAAUCCUCAUUGACGACCGCCCCUUUCGUGUACGACGCAACCUAUGGGAUUUUCUAAGAACGAACGAUAGCAUCGCAUUCCACUUUGAACAACCGCUCUGGAUUGACGCAAUAUGUAUCGACCAAAAUAACACCUCUGAGCGGAACCACCAGGUGCAACAGAUGGGCAAAAUUUACGGAAGCGCGCAGAACGUAAUUGCGUGGAUGGGGGAUGAGCCAGUCCUCGCUUCUCUUUUCCGUGGGAUUAGAACCGAGUGGCAUCACGGACGCUUGAUACCACCAGACAAGUUCCGCAAAGGCAUUCCUGACCUUAGUAAGAACGAGUACUGGACGAGAGCCUGGAUCACACAGGAGAUUACGUUGGCCAAACACGUAUAUCUCCUCGCAGGCGAAGAAGCAGUAGGUCUCACUGACUUUGACAGUGCCGUUGUACACAACAGCACUCACGAUGCUGUCAUAGCAAGCUAUACACGCUUCGGUCUGGAUCUUCCCUGGCGACCUUCUCUCGACAUGAAAUCACGCGACGUUGAACACACUUUAUUAGAGUACCUGUGGAUUUCUAGGUCAAAACAGUGCUCGGAUCCGCGCGACAAAAUCUACUCUCUUCUUUCCAUGGCUCGAGACGCAGUGGACAUUCAGGUCGAUUACGCUAUCCAGACAAUUCAGCUCGCUUUGAACAUUCUCAAUCGCUAC